AUGGGUGCUGAGCCUGAGCUUGGUCUUCUUUCCCCCCUGCCCCAGCUCCAAAAAUUGGCUCAAUCUCAAGCGCACCCACCAGAGAUAGAGAACCCUCCCGGCCCUUACUGGAUGUGGAACCCUAAUAUGCAAGCCACCACUGAAGAAGACGAGUCGUGGGAGGUCAGAGCCUUCGCCCAAGACACCAACCAUGCCAUGGGCACCACCUGGCCACCACGCUGCUACACUUGCACCUUCUGUAGGAGGGAAUUCCGGUCAGCCCAAGCCCUAGGCGGCCACAUGAACGUGCACCGCCGAGAACGUGCCCGUCUCCACCAAGCGCCGUCCGUCUCCUCCUCCUCCGCCGCCUCCGUCGCUGCUGCCGCUCCUUCCACCCUAAUAAUCCCAUCUUAUCAAGAAUUCAUCAACAGUAGUACUAGUGGUGGGCUUUGCUUCCUCUACUCCUUACCAAACCCUAAUGGCAUCUUCUCUCCUACUUCCAUGAUGAACAAUGCUGCUGCUGGUAUGGACACAUCUCCUACUCUCUCUAUUUCACAAUGCCCCCAAAGUAAUAACAUGGUAUUGCCAUAUCCACCUCCUCUUAAUUUCCCAGUAACAUCACCCAGCAUCGUCAAUUCCUCUCUCUGUCAUCAGUCCAGAGCCGCCACUGAUCCGUUGGCAUGGAUCAAUAACGAUAAUAACCAAAACUACGACGGCGGCUCGACCGUCGUCGGAGAACUUGAUCUGGAGCUCCGGCUAGGACGCAGUUCAUAACAACGGCAACAACAUACAGUGUGGGUAUUUUUUUUUUGGGGGGGGGGGGGUUUGUUUUUCUGCUUCAUCACGUUUGAGAUCAGAGGGUUCCACAAACUGGGUGGACUUUUAUCUAAUUUUUUUACGUUGUUUGAUUGAUUAUUUCAUUGGGUCUGACUGAUGAGCCUUAAUUUGUGGCAAAAGGGAUGGAGGCCUUG